AUGUCGGCAAAGGUUCCUAGAAACUUUAGGCUUCUCGAGGAGCUCGAGAAGGGAGAGAAAGGCUUAGGAGCAGAGGCAUGUUCGUAUGGUUUGGCAGAUGGUGAGGAUAUGAUGAUGAGCAAUUGGAAUGGGACCAUUCUGGGGCCCCCUCAUAGCGUCCAUGAGAACCGGAUAUACAGUGUCCAAAUCCAUUGCGGUCCCGACUACCCUGAUAACCCCCCAACCAUCCAGUUUAUCUCCCGAGUCAAUAUCCCAUGUGUGGACCAGAAGACCGGCAAGGUCGAUCCCGCCAAGCUGCCCUGCCUGGCUCAGUGGAAGCGCGAGUACACUAUGGAGACCAUUCUCCUUGAGAUCCGAAGGCAAGUAUUAUACAUGGCCUUGCCACAACACAAGAAGCUCCCUCAACCCCCGGAAGGAACCAACUUCUGA